AUGGCCAACGCUCCUCACGGAGGUGUCCUGAAGGACCUGCUCGCUCGCGAUGCUCCCCGCCACCAGGAGCUCAGCGCUGAGGCCGAGACCCUCCCCGCCAUCACUCUCUCCGAGCGUCAGCUCUGUGACUUGGAGUUGAUCAUGAACGGUGGUUUCUCUCCUCUGGAAGGGUUCAUGAACCAAGCCGAUUAUGACCGCGUCUGCGAGGACUGCCGCCUUGCCGAUGGCAACGUCUUCUCGAUCCCCAUUACCCUCGACGUUACUCAGCAGACCAUCGACGCGAACAAGCUUAAGGCCGGCGCCCGCAUCACUCUACGGGAUUUCCGUGAUGACCGUAACUUGGCCAUCCUGACCAUCGACGACAUCUACCGUCCCGACAAGGAGAAGGAGGGCAAGCUUGUCUUCGGCGGUGACCCCGAGCACCCCGCCAUUGUCUACCUGAAUGAGACCAUCAAGGAGUUCUACAUUGGUGGUAAGGUCGAGGCUGUCAACAAGCUGAACCACUACGACUAUGUUGCUCUGCGCUACACCCCUGCUGAGCUGCGCGUCCACUUCGACAAGCUGGGCUGGUCCCGCGUCGUCGCCUUCCAGACUCGUAACCCCAUGCACCGUGCUCACCGUGAGCUGACUGUCCGCGCGGCGCGCUCCCGCCAAGCUAAUGUUCUAAUUCACCCCGUCGUUGGUCUCACCAAGCCCGGUGACAUUGACCAUUUUACUCGUGUCCGCGCCUAUCAGGCCCUGCUGCCCCGCUACCCCAACGGCAUGGCCGUUCUGGGUCUGCUCGGCCUGGCCAUGCGUAUGGGUGGUCCCCGUGAGGCCAUCUGGCACGCUAUCAUCCGUAAGAACCAUGGUGCCACCCACUUCAUUGUUGGUCGUGACCACGCCGGUCCCGGAAAGAACUCCAAGGGCGUCGACUUCUACGGCCCCUACGAUGCUCAGCACGCCGUGGAGAAGUACAAGUCCGAGCUGGGUAUCGAGGUUGUCGAGUUCCAGAUGGUGACCUACCUCCCCGACUCCGACGAGUACCGCCCCGUCGACCAGGUCCCCGAGGGCAUCAAGACCCUCAACAUCUCCGGUACCGAGCUGCGUCGCCGCCUGCGUACCGGCGCCCACAUCCCAGAGUGGUUCUCCUACCCCGAGGUGGUCAAGAUCCUGCGCGAGUCCAACCCUCCUCGCGCCAGCCAGGGUUUCACCAUCUUCCUGACCGGCUACAUGAACUCCGGCAAGGACGCCAUUGCCCGUGCUCUCCAGGUUACCCUCAACCAGCAAGGUGGCCGCUCCGUUUCCCUGCUGUUGGGUGACACCGUCCGCCACGAGCUCUCCUCGGAACUGGGCUUCACCGCUGAGGACCGCCACAAGAACAUCCAGCGCAUUGCGUUCGUCGCCACCGAGUUGACCCGCGCCGGUGCCGCCGUCAUCGCUGCCCCCAUUGCCCCCUACGAGCGUUCGCGCAAGUACGCUCGCGACGCCAUCUCCCAGGCCGGCUCGUUCUUCCUCGUCCACCGCGGUAUCUACGAGAGUGCCCGCCGUGGCGAGAUCAAGGGCUUCACUGGUGUCGAUGAUCCCUAUGAGGCUCCUGCCAAGGCUGACCUCGUCGUGGACGCUUCCAAGCAGAGUGUGCGCAGCAUCGUCCACGAGAUCAUCCUUGUUCUCGAGAGCGAGGGCUUCUUGGAGCGUGGCCAGUAA